AAUGUGGGCGGGGCUUCAUGACACAGUCAGCUGUGUGUGUGUUACGAGGUGGUCUUCGCCUGCUGCUCCACUGAAAGCAGAUUCAACCGUAACUGAAGGUGAUGAUCAAAUCUAUCACAAACUGCCCCGAAACAACAAUUCUGCUGUUAUUUCACUCGUGCGACCUGACGGUAACCACACAUAUCCUCUUAACUUCGGCUGCACCUCUCAGUGUGACACUUCACGGUUCUUAAGUUAGUUUAAUAAAUGGCAGAAGCAUCAGACGCGACCGUUGACGGUUCGUCUCGCGUUGCGCUCAGCUCCGCGGACUCAACGGUCGUGGCCCCCCCGAGCUUGGAAGACGUGGUGGAAGAGGAGGACGUGUUCCUUUCUGAAACCGGACACAGCGGAGCAACUUUAAAACCGCACGAGUGUCCGGGGAACGGGACUGAGCAACUGGCGGUGGGGAAAGAAGCAGGAUUGUCUCCUGAAAACCAGGUGGAGAGCAGCGAGUUCCUACACCUCACCAUCCGGAAACAGGUGUCAUACAGACGGAAAGCCUGUGAGCCAAGCAGACCCAGGCGCUCCAGCGUGUCAGUUCCAGCGAGUAAAGCCCGCCGGCGCUCCAGCACGGGCCUGCCAUCAGCCUGCCUGGCUCAGAGACGCAGGUCUAGUGCUCAGCUCCAAACCAGCAACAUGCAGGGGAUCUUACACCGCAGAAGAGGACACUUCACCAGGAGGAGGUCAAGCAGUGCAACAGCCUGCCUGACCCCGCGGUUCGCUAUACGACGAAGACAGGCUGCCAAACACCAUAACAUUCAGGAGCAGCUCCUGGGACCAUCGCUGUUUUUGGCUAGCAUGGUGCAAAUGAGUGAAGAUCAUGAAACUGAGAAUAAGAGUGGAGAAGAAUACUCCUCUCUCUCUGAUAGUGACUGUAGUCAGGAGGAGCACACGCAAGCAGGUAUGGACUUAGAGUUGGAGUCUGAUAAGUGUAUGACUGGGUUGGCUGAGGGUUGGAUGCCGGGAGAAAGUAUUCAGCCUCGUCCCCUCAUCCGUGCCCCACGUUGCCUGAGGCGAAACUCCUCACACCUACUUCCUGCUGAAGCCGUUUACCGGAGCCCAGCUUCUUAUGGGCUGUACGGCCGUUACCGUAGGACCAGUCAGGCACAGGAUCUGUUUAAUGUAGGUGGAUUGUGGGCAGGGAAGCGAAAUUCUCUUGCAGGUCCAGGAUCAGUUGCACUGUACCGGACGAGCUCCCCUUGCUGGACAGAUCUCCCUCUUUCACACACACUGCAGGAAACUGACUACAACCCACAGAUUGACACAUGGAGUGAAUUCCUAUCGAAGGCCAUUGCCAAGUCCGGUCUCCAGCACCUGUCAUGCCAGCCCAGUGCUGCAGUGUUGGCCAAGGGGGAAACGGACAGAGAAAUACGCAGCACAGUGGACUGGAGUGAAUCCGCUCUGUACGGAGAGCACAUCUGGUUUGAGACGAAUGUCUCCGGGGACUUCUGUUACGUCGGAGAACAGCACUGUUACGCCAAGUCCCUGCAAAAGUCGGUUGCUCGUAAAAAAUGUGCCGCUUGCAAGAUCGUAGUUCACUCCAUCUGCAUUGAACAGCUGGAGAAGUUAUUGGACUGGAAUGCUCCGCCCCAAGGGGAGGGGCUUGGUGAGGUGCCUCUCAAAGACCCAUCAUUCAGAAUAAACUUCAGAUGUAAACCAUCAUUCAGGGAGUCAGGUUCACGGAACGUCCGGGAACCAGCAAUAGUGCGACACCACUGGGUCCAUCGGAGAAGACAAGAGGGCAAAUGCAAACAGUGUGGAAAGGGGUUUCAGCAGAAAUUUGCCUUUCACAGUAAAGAGAUUGUAGCCAUUAGCUGCUCCUGGUGCAAACAAGCAUAUCAUAAUAAGGUCACAUGCUUUAUGCUGCAGCAGAUAGAAGAACCGUGUUCAUUAGGAGCACAUGCCGCCGUUAUAGUACCUCCUACCUGGAUCAUACGGGUUCGCCGACCUCAGUCCUCACUAAAGUCAAGCAAAAAGAAGAAACGAACAUCUUUCAAACGCAAAUCCAGCAAGAAAGGAGCAGAGGAGGCUCGAUGGAAGCCCUUCAUUGUGAGACCUUUUCCUUCUCAACUCAUGAAGCCACUGCUGGUGUUUGUAAACCCAAAGAGUGGAGGAAACCAGGGAGCUAAAAUCAUCCAGUCCUUUCUGUGGUAUCUGAACCCUCGGCAGGUCUUUGAUCUCAGUCAGGGGGGUCCUCAGGAAGGCUUGGAGAUGUAUCGCAAAGUUCACAACUUGAGAAUUUUGGCCUGUGGUGGGGAUGGCACGGUGGGCUGGAUUUUGUCGGCUCUUGAUCAGCUGCAGCUAAACCCUUCUCCUGCUGUGGCAGUACUUCCUCUGGGCACGGGAAAUGACCUCGCUAGGACGCUAAACUGGGGUGGAGGUUACACAGAUGAACCUCUGAGUAAAAUCCUGUCUCACGUUGAAGAUGGGAAUAUUGUACAGCUGGAUCGAUGGAAUCUUACUGUGAAGCCCAACCCAGAGGCGGGGUCAGAGGAAAGAGACGAGCAGGUGACAGACAAGCUCCCUUUGGACGUCUUCAAUAAUUACUUCAGCCUUGGGUUUGAUGCUCAUGUGACUUUAGAGUUCCAUGAAUCCCGAGAGGCCAACCCUGAGAAAUUUAACAGCCGAUUCAGAAACAAAAUGUUCUAUGCAGGGACAGCGUUUUCUGAUUUCUUGAUGGGCAGCUCCAAAGACCUGGCUAAACACAUUAAAGUUGUGUGUGACGGCACAGAUUUGACCUCUAAAGUCCAGGAUUUGAAGCUGCAAUGCCUGGUCUUCCUCAAUAUCCCCAGGUACUGUGCGGGCACUAUGCCAUGGGGCAAUCCAAGUGAGCAUCAUGACUUUGAGCCUCAGCGUCAUGAUGAUGGCUGCAUUGAGGUCAUUGGGUUCACAAUGACAUCACUGGCCACGCUGCAGGUCGGAGGUCACGGUGAGAGGUUAAAUCAGUGUCGAGAAGUCACCCUCACCACCUUUAAGUCGAUCCCCAUGCAGGUGGAUGGCGAGCCUUGCAAGCUAGCUCCAUCUGUUAUUCACAUCUCUCUGAGAAACCAGGCCAACAUGGUGCAGAAAACCAAGAGACGCACAUCAAUACCACUGCUCAAUGACAGUCAGCAGCCAUUUCCAGAACGAUUACGGAUCAGAGUGAGCCGUAUCAGCAUGCACGAUUAUGAAGCUCUGCACUACGACAAGGAGAAACUCAAAGAAGCUUCAAUUCCACUGGGUCUCAUCGUUGUCCCGGGAGACAGUGAUUUGGAAACCUGCAGAGCUCACAUCGAGAGACUACAGGAGGACUUUGUGUCGUGUCACCCAUCUCUGCAGCGGCUGGUGCUCCAGGAAGGUGACGGGACAAAAUUGAAGGCUUUGUCAUCUCAGAGGCUGUCGCCAAAAUGGUGCUUUCUCGACUCUACAACAGCGGAUCGAUUCUACAGGAUUGAUCGAGCUCAAGAGCAUCUCAACUACGUGACAGAAAUUUCUCAGGAUGAGCUGUUCGUUUUGGACCCAGAGCUGGUUGUCACAGAGACGGUCAGCACAUCGCCAGGCAUGCCAGACCUGGUGGACUCCUCUGGUGAUGCCUCGUCUGAUCCAUGUAAAUUUACCUUCCCAUCAUCCUCUUCUUCUCCACCAAACUCACCCGGACCCAGGGGUGCAGAGCUCCAAAGGAAGCGUGUUUCCAGUGACAGUUCUGUGGCAGAAGCACUUGCACACAGUGACUCACUCAGAUCAGCCAAACCAGCUCUCAGCAGGGUGGGGGGUGUUCAUCGCUCAAAUACAACAGCAGCAGAUUUCAAACCUACCAGCAGGUUUGAGAAGAACAACCUGAACAAUGCAAACAAUGUGUCAGCAGACAAUCUAAUUGAAUGUGUUAAGAAGAAGGACCAUCAGAAGUUGAAGGAGCUGCAUAAGAAGGGGGCAGACCUGUGUGUGCAGGACCCUGUGGGCCGCACCCUACUCCACUAUGCUGUGGAAGUGGGAAGCAAGGAGAUCGUCAGAUACAUCAUUGAUAAUGCACCCACCGAUAUCCUGGAUGUAACAGAGAGAGAAAAUGGAGAGACGGUAUUGCACAAAGCGGCCUCGUUGUGUCAGAGGACAAUCUGUCAUUACCUGGUGGAGGCGGGAGCAUCUCUCAUGAAGACAGACUUACAGGGUGACACUCCAAAGCAUCGUGCCGAGAAGGCGAAAGAUGCAGAACUUGCGGCGUAUCUUGAGAACCGCCAGCACUACCAAAUGAUCCAGCGUGAGGACCAGGAGACUGCAGUUUGACCUUUAACCUCUCACCCUUCACCUCAACUGGUGUCCUCCUUUUUGUGCCAAAACAACAGUAACCAAAAAUGUAUCACUGAACUGCACGGUGGUGAUACAUUCCUGAAGAGGGGGAGAUGGUCGCACGCUUUACUGUCUCUGAAGAGGUCCCAAGCUUUCGUCAUCAUUCUCUGAAUGGCCUGUUGGACUUAAUGUCUUUCAUUUCAUUGCACUGCCAAAACAUCUUAUAGUUUGUAUGUAUGAGACAGAAUGCAUUUCCCUCUAUGUUACUGCACUCAUCAAGCUUGCUUUUCUAGUUUGACAAUGCUGAAUGUUAAAUGAAAUACAGUGAGGAUUUAAAGAUGCAGGGGCUGGUGAGGACAGUGCUGUGUCUGUCUCCAGAGUUCUCACUGUCUGUAUAAGUGCACCUGGAGCGUUUACUGUAGCCCUGGCUCCACAGCUAGGUUUAGUAUUGCUCUGUUAUGGCUGAGCGUUAAUCUGGUUAGUGGUCCAGAACAUGAACCGGAAACAACAUUUCAGUUAGCUUAUUUCCUAAUAACAGUAGAGCCAUUAAAUGAUAUUAUGUUCAUGUAUAAUGUAACUUUCUAGAUUCCCCUGCACUGAAAGUGUUCAGGUUGGUUCAAACAUAGGAAUGUUUUCUGGGGUCUUGUUCUGAAGUAUCAGAACUAUUUAGAUCUUUUUCAGGUGUGUUAUUGGAAGGAUUUAGCAUUUUCAUAGAUUUCUGUGCUGUUUCUAACAUUAAGAUGUUAAUAACAUUCGGUACUGUAAAUUUAUGCGAGUAGCUUUCUGUUUAAGAGGCAUUUGCACUGUAGCUUUGAUUGCCUUCUUUAUUCUAUUCUCUGGAUUUAUAAUUGAUGUACUGAAAUAUAGCUUCUUUCCUACGAUAUUUUUAAGUAAAUAGAUGUUUAUAUUAUUUGUAGCUAUAAAAGAUGUGUUGUCAUGUUUGUAUUAUACAACUCUGUAAAUUAGAUUUUGUUUUAUGAGAGUUGAGAACAGGUCUCUCUGUGAUUCAGCUCAUUUUUCUUACAUUUUUGUGAUAAAAAACACACUCUCUGUAAGAGUUGGUUUUGUUUCAUUUUUUUUUUUUUUUUUUUUUUUUUUUUUUUUAGUGCUGAUGUCUUAAUGCAGAUUCAAGAUUUGGAUGCUUAUAUUUAUUUUCCUAAAUCGUUAAUAUAUUGAAAUUAGUUAGGCCUUGAAUGCAUACAUAUUUAAUAAUAUAAGUAAUUUGACUUAUUUCAGUUAUUUACAUCAUAGAAUGAAACUCUUCUCUGUCUAAAGACUUCUUUACAUUAAAUGUCAUGAUACAGUAUGUAUGCAUAUUCCUACUGUAAUUUAGUAACACACUGUUUAGGCAUCUUUAGUGCUCUUCAUGUGCGGGCAGAAAUUUUCAGCACUCCUUUAUUUUUUGGAAAGUUUGAGUGUUUAAAAAAACCCAGCUAUCCAUCCAUCUCACCCUUUUACCCAGACAGCUAUUUGACAGGAGCCUUGAUAAAUGAGAUCAUAAUCUCUGAACUCACUGAACUCUUUCAAUAAACGUGACACGUCUUAAUGAUCAGUUUUCUUAAAUUCUAAAAGACUUUGAGUUUUAGACUUUUUUGCACUUUAGACCUUUUUAGUAUGAAAAAUUGGGUUUGUUGUACAUAAUGCAUGAAAUUUUUUUUUAUUUUUUUAUCCUUUUUAUGUUUCGUCUGAGUCGUCAGUGUAAAGGCUGAUUGUGUAAUGUGUAUGAGAUGAGAACACCUUUAGGUUUUGAGUAUUGGUGUUACUAAUUAGCUCCUGUACUACAGUAAUUAAAAAGCCAUUUUAUAUAGUUCAGACAGACACCGGUUCACAUUUGCAGUCUGGGACGAAACAAAGCUAGCAAACGGCUGAAACUGUAAAUGGGCUUCAAGCCAACAGCGCUUUUUACUCAGUCAUGCCAACUUCAUUUCUUUACUGAGGAAUUUUGAUCAUUUAAUUUUACUGUUUGAGAUAAACAGCCUACAGGAGCCUCUCACGCUCACAGUGACUCAAGGGAUUAAGCGACAGUUUUGUGAGUUUUGAGGCUUUCGAUUUCUUCGUAAUUAUCAUAAUCCUAAAACUAGUUUGUCAGACUAAUAGACAGGACAGAUGGCAUACAGUAGAUUUGCCACAAAUGUUUGAAUUUAUUUGCAAAACACUUAGACGAGUUUUUAUCAUGUACUGUAGUAGUUAGAACCAUUUUUAUUGUCACUUAAAUCGUAGAAAGCAGUUGUAUUUAGAGUAUAUAACAAAUUCAGUUUGUUACAGUUUUUCAUUUCUUGUUUAAAAUAUGUUAGAGCCUUGCUAUAAUACUCAACAGUUUUUAUCUUUUUCUGUAAAACUUCUAAUUGAUUUGGACUUUAUUUGACUUUUAUUGGCAUGGAGUCCUUAGAAAUACAACAGCCUUAAAUUACUUAAGUGAUUUGCAAAUAUGUGUAUGUCCACAAUUCCAUACCUGACUAUUAGCAGUAUGUAUUUUUGACUGGAAUGAUGUUCUGCUGCAUGAAAUGGUACAUGUCUAUUAACUCAGUGACGUGGGUAUUUUAAUGGCCAGUUUUUAUUUUAUUAUGUGUCAUAGACUGCGUUUAUCAUAUCAUUUCUAUACCUCUAAGAGCAAGUGAGGUCUGUGCCCCUGCAUUAGCCCACUGUCGCUCUGAAUUUAAGAUUUUACCACCCAGACUUUAAUGAUAUGGUUCUUUUGUUUUGAUCCAUUUACUCCAGCAUGUUCAGGGGAGAUUGUAAAUAAUGCUAGCAGCAUCCUAUUACACUCCACCCUUCUCUGCUAUGAUUUAUUUUCAUUCAACCAACAGAUCGUAACUAUGGUUCUGUAUAGUGCUUCAUUAUAAUUAAUUCAUACUUACGUGUUCUCAUGCAGCUGUUUAUGGCUGGACCUUACAUGUCCUUCCAUUAUCUUAUUAAAACCAAGUUUUUAAUCCAUAGCUUAAUUUAGCCUUAUCUUUUCUUCAGCGAUACACUGUCAGCAAGCACUAUUUUGCCAUUAAUUACUUUUCUCUAAUAUCCUAUUUUUCUUCAUAUAGUGGAGACCCUACUGAAGUAUAUUCCAUGUUCAGUACUUCACCACCAACAUUAUUAAUACACACUCAAUUUUGUACUGCAUUAUUACAUAAGAGAUGAGAUUUUCCUUGAAAUCUCACAUUUUUCCGUUCUUAUAUGGAAAUCUCCUUACUUUUACUUUCAAAGGGCAAAGCAAUGUAAAAUGUAUGUAAUUUGAAUUUUUGAAUGUGUUUUGUUGCUGUGUAUUUUCUUACUCAUUUAAGCUCUUUAGCAGUCAUUGAGAUGCAUGAAAGCAGUAAGAAGAGGAAGAACUGCGUCUUUCAUUGAUUUGCAGGGAAAAGGAUCUGACAUUGAUACCACUUAGUGUCUGGUUUUAGCUUUUGAGUUGCAGUGCAAUUCAAGGCUACAAGUUAUUAUAGGAUUUUGAAAAGGAGAAAGCAGAAGGCAUGGGUUCCAGUGCAAUAUAUUGGGUUUUAAGAAAAGUUUUAUGAAUAUUUUGUUCUGUAACGUAGUCAAUAUUUAUCUCUUCAGUGAAAUUAUUCUGUUACUGUCUGAUUAAUAAAAUAAAGCAUACUGAAUAUUGCAU